UUUUAACUGAAUCAAACAGGUUAUUGAUAUUGUACAAGUCACGACUUGUAUCGUUUUUAAAUAACGUACAGGUACUAGGUAAAUGGUUUCAGACAGUGGCAUAGAGGAAUGAAAUAUGACUGUAUCCAGGAGAGCAAUACCUGUUUCCAGCGUGAUUCGCAAUCGUUAAGCUAUGUGGAUCAAAACGUAUUUGUGAUUAACUAAAAAUCAGUGAAGCGAGAUGCAUCGAUAUCAGUCCUCAACUUCCCAUCACCAAAUUGUUCUUUUUAUUUUAAUAUUCCUGGUUUUAGGUGCCCACGUAUCAGCUGAAUAUGUGUUUGACGUUUUCCCCGUUAAAAAAUGUCCAAUGUGCAAGGAAGACUGGGAAAUGGCAUCACGUCGAUUGAACUGUAAUAGUUCAUAUGGAUAUCAUUGUGUGCCUAAUAAGCAGUUUACAUCGCUUAUUGAAUUUUGUUAUCCCAAAGGACCCAGAUUUCCUUUUGAAAAAGGUAAUUGUUUGGAGUUAGCUGCCAAUGGUAUUCUCAAUCAAGUUUAUUGUAAUGAUACUUUUGAAGACGGAUGCCCACAAGAUCACUACUUCAGUAAUGAAAUGUAUAAGUUCCCCAAGUGCUUGAUGAUAAGCAGGAGUUUAAGAUGCUUUGACGCCGAUCAUGCAUGCAUAUAUUCAGAAUUACUGAAAAAUAAAAUGAAAGAACAAGACAUCUCUACAACAGAAAGCAAUGCCCUAAACGAUGGUGACAAUCAAUGCAACAAUAUCGAGAGAAAGGACGGGUCUACAGCUGUAAUCACUUCACUAGUAGUUAUCAUUGUUACAAUUGUUAUUGGUGUGUUUGUUGUCGUCGUUUACAAGAAAAUGAGAAGACGUAUUAAAGGCACACCAGGAAGACGACGCAAAAAAGGCACACUUGGGAGACGAUGUAAUAUACCCGCCGAAACAUACCUCUGUAGUGGUGAGUGUACCGAGGAAGACCGAGACUCUGCAUUUGAGGAUGAACCAUUUAUAAGUGAUAAUAAAGAGUCUAUGAUAGCAGCAAACGGAGCUCUACAAAAAUUACACGACGUAAUCCAGGGUAGUGAAUUCGACGAGUUUAAACAUCUUAUUCAAACUUUCGAUAGGAAUGCACUUAAACAAUUCAACCCGAGGGGAUUCAACUCUUUACACCUUUCAGCAAAAGGUGGCAAUUUUAACAUAUUCAAAUAUAUUCUUGAUACGUUCAAAAUAGAUAUUGAAACACCAGCAAUCGAUAAACGAAAUGUUUUGCACAUUGCGGCCUUUUAUGGAAGUUGCUCAAUUUGUAGAUAUAUAUUGGAAAAUCACAAAAAAUUAUUUGAUGUCAAAGACAGGUACAAUAUGAAUCCCGCUCACUGGGCGGCACUAAAUGGGCAAGAAAGCAUUUUGAAAAUAAUGCUGGAAUUGAAUUGUAAUCUAUCGGAAGUAACCCCUACAUAUGAUGAAAAUAUAGUUUUGUUUGCCUGUAUUGGAGAAAGUUAUGAUGUUUGUAAAUUUGUUGGGUCUACUGAAGGCAUCGCGGGGAUAUUACAUUGGAAAAAUAGUGAAGGUUGGAAUUCUAUUCAGUACGCCGCAAAAAGUGGAAAUCUAAAGGUAUUCAAAUAUCUUUGUGAAAUGGAUGUGGACAUUGAAAAUAAAUCAAGGCAAACCGGAAAAAACUGCCUUCACACAGCUUGUGAACGAGGGAAUAUUGAAAUAUGUACUUAUAUUUUAGACGAAAGAAAAAACGAGACUCUUAUUACGCAGUUUGAUAAACACGAACAACACGUCGGACACUUUACAGCGAAGAGUGGAAAUAAAAAUAUUCUCGAUCUAUUAAUCAAACAUUUACGGAAUACUACUUUGCCACAUUUGCUUGAAAGAUCAACUACUGAUAAAAUAAACAUACUCCAUAUUGCAUGCAGACAUGCAAGGUUUGACAUGUGCGUAAAAAUAGCCGACACAUUUCCUAGUAUGAUAAAUGAAAUCACUGAAAGAGGGUGGAAUGCCGCUCUUUUCAUAACUGAAAAAGCAGGGGCAGAAAAAGAAAGGAUCAUGAUUUUAAAAUGCCUUGAAAAACGCAAGUUAAAUGUGUAUCAUGUAUCAAGAUCGGGGAAAACAAUCUUAUAUAAUGCGUGCGUGAACCGGUCGGCGAUACUUGUUAGAUUUUUGCUUAACCACUAUCCAGAUUUAUUGAAGAUAGAAAAAUCCAUGGAUCCAAGAAAAGCAGCAAAAUCCCAAGACAUUGAAAACAUUUUCAUAAGCCAUUUUUCACAGAAAAAUGAAAAUCAGACAGUCAUGAUAAAAUAAUUUUCAUAUUCGUGCAUUUUGACAUGCUUUUUAACUGUUUGAUCGUAUAGUUCCAGUAUCCGAAAUUUGACGCUACAAUCCCUAUUAUAAUACAAUUUUUCUUUGAGCUUAGUGGAGUACAACACCAACAUAGUUAUGCACUAAUAUAUUAAUCUAAAAUGACAAAA